CCACCGGCUGGCUCGAGCCUGCUCACACACUGUUUCUUGUCUUUCUUCCUCUCGUCAUCCUCCUCUAAAUUUCACAGACUUGCUUCCCUCCGUCUUCCACUCCCAACAGUGAAUUCGACUGCUUUGUAUUUGACGCGAGCGAAUCUCGAACUCUCUCCACUUACUUAACUUAGUCGACCUGAGGGCAACCUUAUUCUAAAUACCGGAAUCGGGUCCAGUAGCCCUCCCGCCUUCGCCGCCUCUUCGGCCCACCUAAACUCGAUUCAACUACCCCCGAGUCUCAGUGUCGCCUCCUCGCUGCUGAUCAACCAUUUCUCAGUUCGGCUCAUCGAUAUUCCUGCUUCUCAUUUCUACUCACGCGGUGGCGCUGCUUCAGCAAAAACUUCUUUGUUGCAAAGAAUGCAGACACGCAGACAUAUAUCUCCCCGCCGCUAGACCAUCGACACCUUUGUCGCCAACCCACACCGCUUGCGCUGAUCGCAAUUUCCACUCGCUCGACAGUCUUGGGUACAUGCAUGAUCAUUGCGAUGGACGGCUACGACCCCUUAGCAAUGAACUAUCUACAUAGUCCCAUGCCCUUUCAGGGCGGGAAUCUGCAGAAUCUCGAUUACAUGAGUGUGCCGUCAGUGAUGGACCUGCAAGAUCAGUACUCCAACUUCGACUCGGAGCCAUACAUGAGUGGUGAUGAUCUCGGUUUCGCUCCAUCAUCUGGACUCCAACAUUCAGCGAUGAUCAAGCGAUACUCGUCUGGAUUCGACGAUCCAUUCGCAGAGGGAACCAUAGCACAGUUUGAACAAAUGCCCUCUGAGACCAAUGCAGACAGUCCCUCCAUCGAUCGCGACAGCAAAUACCUCAGUUUCCACAUGCCGCAUUACAACUUCACCCUCCUCGACGACUCUUUCCGUCGCACCUCAGUCAAUAUCAAUGCUCAACUACAUGGCAUGUUUUUUCUCGCCGAAUCUCAGUGGCCAGCUACUGCAGACACCCCUCCACCUCCACCAGAACUCACAUGCUACAGACGUAAUCUUUUCCAGAUCACCGGUUCUGUCACUCUCCCUCGAAACUUGAGAUAUGUCUUCACCGACGACGGGUCUAGAAUUCCCAUCUAUGAACUCGAACUGGCUGUUUCAGCUACCGAGUCUGUCGAAAACAAUACGGUGAAAAUUAUAUCCGUGCCUUGGAAGACCCCUGCGAGUGGCGAAGGCACAAAGUCAGAUGACAAAGGAGAGCGCGAACCUCCCACAAUCCCUCUAGACAAAAUGUCUGGGCAGGAUCUUGACACCGACUUCACCACUUUUCCCAUUCAAUGGAAGAGACUCCAAUUUCGGAUAGCCACUGCUAACAAUGGUCGACGGAAAGAAUUACAGCAACAUUUUGUCCUCCACCUCAAGAUCAUGGCAUCUUUGUCGACGGGCACGAAAAUUUCAAUUGCAGAGGCUAGGUCUGGGGCUGUUAUUGUCCGAGGCCGAAGCCCACGCAAUUUUGCCUCUCGAAAAGAUCUUCCACUAUCGAGCAGUUCCACGGCCAGGAAGCAUCUGCCAGGCGCGAGUCGAACUAGUGUGAGCCAAACUUCAGUGCCUCAGGUCACGUCCGCUCCGAAAGUCAAAACUCCUCCGUCAGAAAACCCGCAGAUGGCUGGGCUGAGAUAUGACCCAGCCGACUUUAAGGACAAUGAUCCCACCAGCGCGUGGAUGUCGCAGAUCCAAAACGAUCCUCUCGUCGCCCCCUCAUAUUCUGCAUCAAUGAAUCCUCCUCUGAUGCCCACUUUCACGCAGGACCCAAGCGUGACCCCUGAGCUACCCACCCCAGGCGGACCGCCUUUCCAAUUUACGUUUCCAGAAGUCCAGCCCACUACUGGCCCAAUGAGUUUACACUUUGGGAGCGACGAUGAAGGAUCUCCAUAUCAUCAGAAUCAAGAUUCACGACAUUCAUCGCGGCCACCCACCUCGAAUCCAUCACCUAAUCUGUUGAACAAGGGUGCACAUCAACACCCGUCUCCAGGACGAAGUGCUCAAAUGAACGCACCUCCUCAGCCAACUGCCCCUAACCAAGCUAGGCCUCGAAUGCAUUCUCAUCAAAUGUCUCAUACGUCAGUGCCCUCGUCGAAUGGAUCCAUGAUCGCGCCUGGCCACCACCAACAACUUCAUCAGCCACAAACGCGGCCCGAGUUAGUGGCCAUGAAUUCAGGCAUGUCUUUCAAAUCCGAGGGCGAAAACUCCGAACAAUUGUAUGAGUACUUUCCCUUGGGUCUCGAUGAUUGGAUGCCACCUGUUGAUGCCGUCUUCAGGCCUCAUGUUGUUCAUCAUUCGGGUCCGAUGCCUCCAGAUCCGAGGAGCCCCGGGGGGCGGCACACGAGCAAAAGAUACUUUUCCGAGGUGGUUUAAUUCCAUAUUAUCAGCACACCAAACUUUGCCUCUUGACAAUCCACUUGACGAAGAUAUGACAGAUACACUAUUCUUGAACACCGGUAAUUAUGAUGGCAAGAAAGGGCAUGAUGCAUAAUGGCUGAGAUUCCUAAGCACUUGGCCAGAACAGAUUGACCAGUUUGGCUUUGUCACACAUCCUAAAGGGUCGAAUCAUGUCACGUACAGGGUCGAAAACAAGGUGGCCAAAAUCUCCUGACAUCCUUCUGUUUUUCCCUCUCUCUUCUCAAAACGAGCGAGAUAUGAGAUACCUGACCGUCAUUGCAGUGACGAAUCAGCAUACCUUAGCGUGCACACAAAAAUGCACAUUCCGACUAAUAACCACUUACUUAGAUAGUGGACGAUUGUCGGAAAUAGAUAAUGUGACCAUGACCACCAAAUACUAUCAUGUUUACAC